AUGCGGGAGAACCGGGAGAAGCAAGCCCUGGCUGACCUCAUGAUCAAACCGGUGCAGAGGAUCCCACGAUACGAGCUCCUCAUCAAGGACCUGCUUAAGCACACCCCGGAGGAGCACCCUGACCGGCCGUGCCUCGUGGAGGCCCAGCGAGGCCUCCCGCCCCUGGCCAGCCGCAUCAACCAGGGCCGCCGCGAGGCCGAGGAGGCCACGCGUCACGCGUGCGCCUGCAGCGGUCGAGGCGGCCAUCGAGGGCCUCAUUGGCUGUUCCGGGGAGGAGGUUCAAUCCGACAGGAGCUCGUGGUGGAGGUGAAGUCCGUGGGGGGCAAGAAGGAGCGAUGCCUCUUUCUCUUCUCCGACCUCCUGCUCUGCACGACACUCAAGCGCAAGUCGGGCUCGCUGCGUCGCAGCUCCUUCAGCCUGACAACUGCUGGCAGCUACAUUGACCUGAGCAGUAAGUACAAGCUGCUGUGGCGCUCUCCACUCCACGAACUGGAGGUGGUGAAAGGCUCGUGCGAGCUGCUGGUGCCGGCGGCGAGGGAGGCGCUGCAGAGGAGCGUCACGGGGCUGGAGGAGGACACGGCGCGGCUCGCAGACAUCCGCGGCCUCGUCGACUCGCUCACCGUGCCUCACCAGGCCCUGGACGACGCCCUGCGGGACCUGCUGCUGUCUGUGCAGCGCGACCUCUCCGAGCGGCACGCCGCCGCCACCGCGGGGCCCCCCGUGCCCCCCCGGCCCGGCUGGAGCUGCUCCUCUUGGACCCCUGGAGCCCCCCAGUCGGCAGCGGGAGGGGCGGGGGGGGCGGGGGGGGCCGGGGCGUCGGGGGGGCGGCUCCCCGCCACUCGCUGGUGUUCGACGGAGACUCAGCCCCAGAGAGAACCCGAGUUCCUGAAGGCCAUCUCCAUCAUGAAGACACGCAGCGGCAUGCAGUUCUCGUGCGCCUCCCCGAGCGUGUGCGUGCCGCUGGGCGGCUGCGAGGUGUGGGUGUGCAACAGCGACGGCUACGUGGGCCAGGUGUGCCUGCUGAGCCUCACCCCGGAGCCCAUCGUCGAGGCCUGCAUCGCCGUGUGCUCCGCACGCAUCCUCUGCAUCGCGCCCGUGCCUGCACUGCAGAAGCCCCCCACCGGCAGCGUUGAUAGUGGGGGGUCACGGGAGGGAGUGCCGCUCCCCGACUCCCCGCUGCGCCGUCUGCCGACAAUCGCCUCCGAGGAGGACCUCGUCUCUCACCGGCACCGCAACGAGCACCGCGACGAGGAGAGCAGCUCCGCUCUCCACAUCUGCAUCGGCGACGCGGCGCCGGCUGAGCCGUUGCCCAUUGCGGUGCGGCGCGAGCGCCACGCGAGCGCGCCGGGCGCCGGCAGGGCGCGCCACCGACGACUCGCCGGCCGCGGCGGCGCCAGCGGCGGCGUCGCCUGCAACCCCUUCGAGAGCGAGGACUCGGGAGAAGAGGAGGAGGAGGAGGAAGAGGAGGACGAGGAUGAAGAAGAGGAGGAGCUGGAGGAGCUGGAGGAGGACGAGGCCGGGUCCUGGGGUCCGCACAUCGAGCCGUCGCUCGCGGCACUGAGGGUAGAGGAGCUGAGUGGGGGGGGGCAUGUGACCCCCGAGGAGAGCAGCAGCUCGGACGACGACGAGGAGGAGGAAGAGGAGGAGGAGGGGGGGGCAGGGAACCCCUUCCCCCCCACGCCGCCCCCCAACCCCUUCACGGCCGACCCGCCGGGCAGCGCCAGGAGCCCCCCGCUAGGGGGCUUCACGCGACCCAGCCCUGACGAGGCAUCGUGCCCGAAGCCCGAACCGUUCCAGGGCUCCGUGUGGCUGGGCACGGAGGACGGCUGCAUCCACAUCUACCAGUCGUCCGACACGAUCCGCCACCGCAAGAAGAGCCUCAAGCUGCAACACUCGGCCGCGGUCACCUGCAUCGUGUUCCUGGAGAACAAGGUGUUUGUGUCUCUGGCCAACGGGGACCUUGUGGUUUACCACCGCGACGAAGGCUGCUUCUGGGCCGUGGGGGAGGCGCGCGUGCUGCCCCUGUCCACGGCGGCUGCCCCCGUGUGCCGCAUGCUGGCCGUGAGCGGCCGCCUGUGGUGCGGCUGCCAGAGCAGCAUCGUGGUGCUGCACCCCGACUCCCUCCUCGUCGAGGCGAGCUUCGUGGUGGACGGGGAGGGGGGCCGCGGCGUGGCGUGCAUGGCCAGUGAGGGCUCCGGGGUGUGGGUGGCUCUCACCGCCAGCACCCAGGUGCGACUCUACCACCCCGCCACCUACGAGUGUCUCGCCGAGGUGGACGUCACCGCGGCCGUCUCCAGGAUGCUGGCCGGCUGCGACGCCAUCAUCCGGCAGCACAAGUCGGCGUGCCUGCGCGUCACCUCGCUCACCCCGGGCGCCGAGCUGCUGUGGGUGGGCACCAGCGCGGGGGUCCUCGUCACCCUGCCGCACCACCGCCUCGCCCGCCCCACCCCCCGGCGGCACGACCGCAGCCCCCCGCCCCGCCGCCCCCACCCCGGCGGCGGCGGCGCGGGGGGGCCCCCCAGAGCGCCGAAUGGGGGGCCGAUGCCCAGCAGCCGGACCCCGAGUGGGGGCAGCACGACUCUGCGGGGAGCCCUGGGCCGGGGGCCCCGUCGCCGCCGCCGCAGCGCUGGCCCGCCGCGGCCCCCGUGGGUUGCCUGCACGGCCACACAGGCCACGUGAGGUUCAUCACCAGCGUGCGGCUGCCCGAGGGCUGCGUCUGGGCCCAGCAAGGAGGCCCCGUGGGGGCCCCCGACCAAACCCCAAAGGCGCCACGUCGCGACUCGGGGAAGCGGUUGCGCGCGAGCGGCUUGCCGGGGGUCCUGGGGGGCGCGGGGCCCGCGGGGGGUCACGCGGGGGGCCCCGGGGCACUGCUGGUCAUCAGCGGCGGGGACGGCUACGAGGAGUUCACGGGGUCACCGAGCCCCGGCGGAGACGAUGCCGCGGGGAGGGACGACAGCACCAACCACCUGCUGCUGUGGAGGGUCUGAGCCAGGCCCUGGGACGACACCGGGUGGGCCCCUGGGACACGUGGCCUCCAGUGUGCAGGGUGGGCCCUUGGACGUGUAGUGGGUCCUGCGCACGUGGCCGCCACACUGAGUGGGCCCAUGGGACACGUGGUGGUGGCGCCCCUGGGACACGUGGCCUCAGCACAGGGUGGGUGCUCGGACAAGAGAUUUCUAUGCAAGUGGCGGGCCUUAGGCAAGUGGCCUUUGCAUUGAGUGAGCCUCGAGCAUACAGGGUGGGCCCUCGGACACGUGUUUACUGAACAGGGUGGGGUCCUUUGUACGCAGUAGGUCCUGGGUAUGCGUCCUCGUACUGAGUUUGCUCCUGGGGCGGGUGGCCUUCGUACAGGGUGGGCCCCUGCCACGUGGCUUCCACUACACAUCGUGGGCCCCCGGGCUCGGUGUGGUCCACACAGGGUGGACCCUGAGCACGUGGUGGGGCCUCCAGGCCACAGGGUGGGCUCCUGGGCCAUUUGACAGGCCCUGGACAUGUGGCCUCCAUGCAGGGAGGGCUGCUUGGGUGAGUAGCGUCUACACAGUGUGGCUCGUGGACAUGUGGUGGGGCCCCUUAAUGUGGCCUCCACUGCACAGGUGGGCCCCUGAACGCGUGGUCUAACGCAGGGUGGGCCCCCGGGUGGGUUUGGAUCACAGGCAAGCGACUCCAGAUUGCAGGCAACCUCCCACGUGGUCCGCUGAUUUGGCGAACCUGAUGGCGAUGCUCCUUGUGUGCCUGAUGCCGGUGUUUGACCCAGGUGAGAGGCCAGUGAGGUCUGCCAUCUGUCUAUUGUCAGGGAGACCUGGGAGCCAUAGGGAACACCCACCCACAGGCUCAGCGGCUCUCUGGGUCUGCUGCCUUCCUACCCCUCCACUCACUGCUGUCCCUCACUGCUGUCCACUGCUUCCUGGGCCCUGCCCCUCGGUCUCCACUGGGGUCCACCUGCAUUUCCGCUGUAGACCAAACCCGUAUUUAGUUCUCAGUCGGCACUUGGUCCAUUAAAGUUCUGCACAAUUAGCACCACACCUUGGGACAAAUAAAUUCCUGGCACCCGAAAACCGAGGCCGGUUCUCAGACAGGCGGCCACCCCAGUCUCUAUCCUCCCCGAGGUUUCCACGCUCAUCACCGUUCAUCUUCGGUUGUGGUUUUCCAUUCUUCUUGCGACGAUAUAUCCUGCCCGCCCCCCCAAGCCAUCCGAGUCGACACGAUGGGUACCGCUCUGGGCUAGACGAAGCCGCGGGUCACCGUCAUCGCCGUCAGCCACGGUCAAUCCACUGCUGGAUGAAGGCCUCUGCACGCCGCCGUCACGCCUCUCACGGCCCCACGUCGCGAACGUGCUGCGUGACGAUGCCAAAUCUGAGGGCGCCUUGAAGCAGCGGCUUCCACCCCGAGCGAGGUUCACGUUUGGCGUCUAGAGGCAUCGCUUCUCUUCGUCUAAAUUUAGGGCGGAGGGGAAGAGGUCACCCCCUAAAGAUAGACGCGGGGCUGUUUGGAGCGAGGAGUGUCCGGUCGCAGCCACAGCUACGCAAGAUGGCGGCCGGUGAUGCCACCGCAGCUCGCCAGGGCUUCACGGCCUCCGCAGGUAGAGCCGCCACACUGUCCCCUGCAGACUCAACCCUGACGGAUUGCUCAGCCGCCUCGCGGUUGCGAGACGGUGCGGUGUACGGACGGUUCAGUUCAACGCAGUGACACCGGAACCGGAUUUUGGUACAAACCGAUCCCCACUGCCUUGCGAGCACGGACUCCGAGUCCCGGAUGGGUGUGUGACCCGAGCCUCCUCCAGCAGAUCUCCGCAGCUGCUCCUGCUGCUGCUUCUGUCACACAGUAGACACGCGACCCCUAGGGUCUGCCCUGUCAGUGUCCCUCCAUCUUCCCUGAGGACUUCCCCUCGGUAGGAGAAGUCCAUAUAUCCUGGUGGAUGACUCCACGGUUGAAAAACAACGGAGCGAGGAUACAGCUGCGAGUUUAGAGGGUUUGGAGAAGCCAUCCGAUGGAGUCCAUUUGUGCCUCCCGCGAAAGUGCGCGGUGUUGGGCAACGAUCGGUGACAUCAGUGAUGGAUUGUGUUCCACCACAGUCAUGCUGAAACGCACAUCGACUCACAUAGAGAUCCAUAGACUUGCAUAGAGACCCAUAGGCUUACAUAGAGACCCAUAGACUUACAUAGAGACCCAUAGACUCGCACGGAGACCCAUAGACUCGAGACCCUGUGGGUGGGAGACCCCUUGUAGUUUGGGCCCCCGUGGGCUGGGUGACACGUGUCGAAUGGAGGAGGGCCCCUCGGGACGAGAGAUCCCGUGCGCUGAAAGGGUAGGAGGAGGAGUGUAGGGGCGGGGGGUACCUUGCGCUGAAGGAUGAAGGGACCCCCGUUGGCUCGAGGCGGACCCCGUGCGUGGGGUCACGUCUCCCCCUUGGAGAGAUGGAGGGAGAGUGGGGGGGGGGUGUGAUGGGCCGCGGUGUGGUAACGCCACCGCUGCUGCUGCUGUAUUGUCAAUAGAGGACACAUUGCGCCACCCGCAGAGGCUUUGCACAACGCGCCCGCGCUCAGGAGCGCCCAGGGUCUCGGUUGGACACCGCGACGGGGCCCGAGGCGAGCAGAGGCGCGGGCUUGGAGAGAGGGAGGGGGGUGUGGGGCAAAGGAUGGGCGGUGGGGGCGAGGUGACGUGGGGUGAUGUGGGUCGUGCUGCGGUGAUGUUAUCGGCUGUGAUGUUGACAGCCCUUUGGGACGGGUUGGGAGUGCGUGAUGGUCACGUGGUUCGUUUGUUGUGAUCGCGCCGUUGGCGUGAUUGGCACUGUCAUCGUUCAACUGCGAGCGCGAUCGGCCCCUCCCCUCAUCCCUCACACCCAUAACAGCCCCCCCGCCCCGCCCCCCCACCUCGGUUCACCCCCCACGGUCUCCACGAUCAUCAUCCCCCUCUUCUCAUGGUCAUCAUCAACAGCUUCACCAUCAACAACUUCAUCAACAAUGUCAUCAUCAACAAUAAUUUCAUCAGUCGCAGCGUCAUUACCAAUAUCACGAUCAGCGAAAGCGCCAUCAUCGUGAACGUAAUCGUCUUUAUCAUUAUCAGUGUCAGCAUCAUCAUCGUCAUCAACAGCACCAUCAUCUUCAACGUCAAUAAUCACGGUCAUCAUCAGCAGUAUGAACAUCGUCAUCAUCAGCAUAGACGUCAUCCUCAUCAGAUCUUCCUUUUUAGAGACGCCCUGGGCAGAGGCUCGUGGUUGUCCCUGAGUUCUCGAACCCCGACCACCAUCUCCAUCACUACCACCAUCACUACCACCAUCACUACCACCAUCACUCUCACUACCACCACUACUACCAUCACUAGCACCAUCACUACCACCAUCACUACCACCAUAAAUACCACCACCUCCAUCACUACCACCAUCACUACCACUAUCACUACCACCAUCACUCUCACUACCACCAUCACUACCACCAUCACUAUCACUACCACCAUCACUACCACCAUAAAUACCACCACCUCCAUCACUACCACUAUCUCCACAACUACCACCGUCUCCAUCACUACCGCCAUCACUACCACAACCCUUGACACUUUCCUAAUUUUUGCCACCAACAAAUCGUCACCAGCACCGCAGCCAUGGUCACAGUUAUCGUCACCACCGCCUGCACCGCAACUAUAAUGGCAACCGUCAUCAUCGACACGUCAUCACCACCACCACCACCAACCACCAUCAUCACCAUUAUCCCCCAUCACCACCAUCCACCAUCAUCACCAUCAUCCCCCAUCACCACCAUCCACCAUCAUCACUAUCAUCCCCCAUCACCACCAACCACCACCAUCACCCCCCACCACCACCAACCACCAUCAUCACCAUUACCCCCCAUCACCACCAACCACCAUCAUCACCAUUACCCACCAUCACCACCAACCACCAUCAUCACCAUCAUCCCCCAUCACCUCUGACAACGGCUGCACCAUCGCCACGUCGCCUGCAGCUUUGUGUAAAUACGCGCCUGUACAUUUUGUACA